CUCCAGCUCCGUUCCUGGGAAACCAUCUGCUGAGUUCGGGUCAGAACCUGUCGUUCUCCCUGCGUCUGGACCGCGGCGUGCGUCACCCGUCCACCAGCGACGUGGUCCUGGAGGGGGGCGGUCUCCGGGCGUCCUCCUCGCUGGGGGAGCUGCGCUCCGUCCUCCCCUGUGGACAGAAGAUCCGCUACAGCUUCAGACUGGACGGGGGUCCCGGGAGCCGGUGGAGGCCUCAGCUUUCCACCUCUCAGUUCCAGACACUUCUCCAGAAUCUCACCGCCAUCAAGAUCCGGGCAACGUUCGGCCAAGAUGGGCGUGGUUACCUCGACAACGUGCAGCUGGUGUCUGCCCGGCGGGGGGGUGACGGCCCCCCAGCAGACUGGGUCCAGACCUGCAGCUGCCCCCCGGGGUACGAGGGCGCCUGGUGCGAGCGGUGCUCGGCGGGCUUCAGGCGGCGGGUGCCGGCCAACGGCGCCUUCAGCGGCUGCGAGCGCUGCAGCUGCAGCGGAGGAAGCUGCGACCCGCAGACCGGGGACUGUUACUCCGGAGACGAGACGCCCGAGGACACCGGCUGUCCCCACGGGUCCUACCGCGACCCCUGGAGCCCGCACGGCUGCGUCAGGUGUCCCUGUCCCGAAGGACAGUCCUGCUCCCUGACCGCCGGCUCGCUGGAACCCCAGUGUGACCGCUGCCCGACCGGAACCACCGGUCCUCGCUGCGACGUGUGUCAGGAGGGUUUCUAUGGCAACCCAACAGGAAGCGGCGGCGUGCAGCGGCCCUGCCGGCCCUGCCUCUGUAACGGCCACAUCGACGUCGGCGUGGCGGGAAGCUGCGACCGGCGCAGCGGGGAGUGUCUCCGGUGUCGGAACAACACGGCGGGGCGCAGCUGCGAGGCGUGCAGGCCCGGGUUCUACCACGGGACCGCCGCCGACGCCUGCAAACCAUGCAGCUGUGACGUUCUGGGCUCUGAGUCCAGACAGUGUGACGAUGCGGGUCGCUGCCGGUGCAGACCGGGCUUCGAGGGUCUGAAGUGCCAGAGGUCCAACUGUCCCGCCUGUUUCAGCCCCAUCAAGAAGAAGAUGGAUUCGUACGCUGCCAAACUGAAGGAGCUGGAGAUUCUGUUCUCCGACAUGAACGGAGGUUUGAAACCAGCCAACAGCGCUGAGAUGGAGGCGGCUCUGAGAGCAGCCGAGGAGAUGGUGGACGACCUGCAGUAUGACGCCGAGCUGCUCACAGGAUCGGAGAAGAACCUGCAGACCCGCCUGGCAUCCAUCAGCAGGAGUCAGCUGGCCGAGGGGCUGGACAUCCAGAACAUCGCCGACACGGCGGACGCCAUCAAACGCCGAGAGAAGACGUACAAGGCAAAGGUGGCGGCGGUUCAGAGUCUGAUGGAGGAGAUGAGACGGGAACUAAGCGACGCCAGGGAUCAGCUCAGAUUAAUCGAGAUUCCUCUCGGAGACGCCCCGCUGAGUUCCAACCUGCUGUCCUCUCUGGUGCAGACAGCUACCAGUCUGGCUGAUAAACAUGAAACGACGGCAGACGCCGUGGAGCGAAGCGCCAACGACGCUCUGGGGGACUCUCAGAAGAGCCUGGACCUGGUCCGAACCCUCAUGAACAAAGAGAACAAAGUCAAAGAGCUGAUCGGAGAUCUGAAAACCACGUACGACCAGCACUCCGCCCAGGUGAAGGGGCUGGAGAACCAGGCCACCCGGCUCAGCACCGAGGCCGGGGACGAGAGCAAGAUGGCCGACGGCAUGCUGAAAGACAUCGCCAACAUGGAGCGAAGCAUCCCGUCCUCCCUGAAGGGGCAGGUGGACGCCAUGGUGUCCAGGUUGGAGGACGUGAAGAAGUCGGUGGACGCGGACAUCUCUGGCAUCGCGGCGCUGCAGGACAGCGUGCAGCGAGACAAGGCGGCCACCGAGGACCUGCUGGCCCGGGGCAAGACCGCCCAGAAGGAGUUUGACAAACUGUCCGACAGAGUGGACAUCGCCAAGCUGGACACGGAGGACGCUCUGAGACGCAUCAACAGCAACACGAACGAGCUGGACGACGCCCUCAACAACCUGAGAGGCUUCGACCAGCAGAUCGACGGCGGUAAAGCUCUGGCCGACGCCGCCAUCCGGCGUCUCCCGGGCAUCAGCAGCGUGAUCCAGCAGGCCGUGGACAGCAACGCCGAGACCGUCUCCGUCCUGGGAACCGUGUCCAGAGACUACGACGCCGCGCUGGGAACCAUCAACAUGCUGGAGAACCUGGUCAAUGGUCUGGAGGGAGCCGUUGGGUCCUGCCGUCUCCUGCCGAUCGCUGAAGGAAGCCACCAACUGAACCGGGACACCAAGGACCUGAGAACGGCGGCAGCGGACACGGCUGCAGACCUGGUCUCAGAGCUGGACGCUGGCAGGAAGCUGGAGGCCGACGCCCAGCAGGCGGCUGCUGGAGCGACCGGAGCUUUCAACAACGCCAAACAGACCCGAGACGCUGUGGGGAAAACACUGCGAGACAUCAGCAGUCUGCUGGCUAACAUGAACCAGAGCGGCGGUGCGGUGGACGAGAAGCAGCUGAAGCGGCUGGAGGACUCGGUGUCCGGCGCCCAGAGGGACGUGGAGGGCCGUCUGAGGCCCCGGCUCCGGGACAUGGAGGCGCAGGAGGCGGCCCACCGCCGCCGGCUGGCCACCAUAGACCAGGACAUCACCAUGAUCCUGGGAGACAUCGCCAACCUAGAGGACAUCCUGCGCACCAUCCCCAGCGGCUGCUUCAACACCCCCCCUAUCGAGGAGGCCUGAGGGCCGCCCAGGGUCCCGAUCCAACUAAACAAGAACCAGUCCAACUGGGCAUCCAGACCACGUCCAAUAGGUUUCAAGUCAUACAGGUCAACAGGGACCACCCACUUCUUUAACCCUUAUGUUGUCCUCAUGUUGUCCUCAUGUUGUCCUCAUGUCGCCCUCAUGUUGCCUUCAUGUUGCCCUCAUGUUGUCCUCAUGUUGUCCUCAUGUUGUCCUCAUGUUGCCCUCAUGUCGCCCUCAU